AUGCAGGAAGUUGCAGCGACGCUGGACGGAGGAAAGGAGGAGGAGGAGAAAGAGGAGGAGAAGGAGAGCAGAAGGAAGGUCAAUCCUUCAACACCCAUGAAAUCUGUGUACGCAGAAAUCCCUGACCGGCAUUAUCAGAUCAUUGCGCACCCUGCGCAAGAAGAAUUAGCGUUGAGACUAGUCAAGCAUGACCCCAAAAGGUUCACCUACCAUCCCACGAAUUGGUCCAAGUUCAAGGACGGGACGGACAACAUUGAAGUGGGUGGUUUCAAUCCUGUAAACUACAUCCGAGGGGCGCAUGUCCUCUUUCUCGCCUCCUUCCACAACAACGACGUCACCCUAAGCCAAUUCCACGUCUUGAACAUGCUCUGCGAGUCCUUCGUCGAGACUAUGUGCGUUAUCUUGCCUUACUGGCCAUUUGGCACAACACCCAUUGAUCUACCUCGAGACCCUGUCCUCUCCAAAACGCCUCAGCAGUUGACUUCUCCUCACAACUUCAAGCUCGGAACCAUGGAGAGGGUGGUGCGGGAAGGGCAGGUUGCAACAGCAAGCACGCUUGCUCGUCUCUUCUCCAACCUUCCAAGAGUCGGAAAGCCAAUCAGAGUGAUGGUGUACGACCUCCACACCCUGCAGAAUCGAUUCUACCUCAGCGGCAACGCUCUUGCUAGCUUGCACACAGCAAUUCCCCUGCUGAUCAACGAGUUGCGCAGCCCGGAAAGCAAGAUAUCUUGCAUCGCAUUCCCAGAUGAAGGUGCCUGCAAACGCUUCUCCACGCUCUUCAGCACUGAGUUCCCUGACUGGCCAGUAGUGACAUGCGGAAAGAUUCGAGAUGGCGAUCGGCGUGUUGUGACCAUUCAAGAUGGCGAUCCCAAAGACCGACACGUCAUCAUCGUAGACGACCUAGUUCAGGUUCUUGAUCUCACCAACAUCAUCAUCGCCGAUCUAGGAUAG